UAACUGAAUUAUAAAUUAUUUUACUAUUCCAGCCAAUUUGUUAAAAAUGUGGAUUUCAUUUUUAAUACCGAAAAUCGAGGACGGCAACAAUUUUGGCGUAUCUGUGCAGGAAGAUACACUUGCUGAAAUACAAGCAGUAGAAUCUGAAGCAGCUGCAUUCUUCGACCAAAUUUCACGUUAUUUUCUGUCCCGUGCCAAAGUCGUUUCGAAAGUGGCCAAAUAUCCACAUAUCGAAGAUUACCGGCGUGCGGUGAUGGAGUUGGACGAAAAGGAGUACUUAAGCUUGUGGUUGGUUGUAUGUGAGGUGCGAAAUCGUUAUUCAUCUCUGCAUGAUAUAGUCAUAAAGAACUUGGAGAAACUGAAGAAGCCACGUUCAUCUAAUGCCGAUAGCUUAUACUAAUCAAAGGCAAAGCAGAUAAAAGCUAACGUAUUACAUCCACAAAUUAGAAAAAAUAAAAAUAAAAUAAAA